AAAAACUUUCAGGAAAUAACAAGAUUUUCCUCUCAACUUAUCCCUGAUUUUCCUGACAAUGAAUUACUAGACAGGACCAUGUGAUCCUUGAGUUACCUGUGUCUCCUAGCUCAUCUAUUUAUACACAUAAUCAACUAUCACCCCACACCCAACUCAAGUCAUUAACAUCAUCUACUUGCAAACCAAACUUUCCUUCUCCUUCAUCAUUUCUGCUAAUUUUCAGCUCCCAGAGAGUUAACAAAAACAAAGUAGCAAUGGCUAUUCGCUUUCCUGCUAUUACACAUGCUAAGCAGAUACUUCGCCGAUCAAACUUGAUUCCAAAUUAUCAAUCUGCUUCUAGCUUUACAGAUGUUCCAAAAGGCCACUUAGCAGUAUAUGUUGGAGAAGGCCAAAAGAAGAGAUUCAUAGUUCCAGUAUCAUUGUUGAAUAAGCCUUCAUUUCAAGAAUUACUAAGGAAGGCUGAGGAAGAAUUUGGGUUCAAUCAUCCAAUGGGUGGUAUCACAAUUCCCUGCAGAGAAGACGUCUUUAUUGAUCUUACUUCACGUUAGCUCUGAAAAUCAUCAAAGACAGUUUUGUAAAUUGUGCACAUUAUUUGUUUUACCCAAUGAGAUACAAAGAUAAUUAUAGUUCUUUUAUUCAA